UAUAACCAAAGUUUGCAUAGAAAAAAUUAUAAACGUCUUAAAGGAGUAUUCUUAGAAAACGUACUUUCACUCAAAUUUGACCUAAGGAAUGCAGAAGUUGCCUUAACGUUCAGGAAGUUGCCUUAAGGUUUGGGGGCUGAACAACUGGAGACGAAGUCGAACGGCCGCUCGAGGCUUAGCGACAUGGGACCAGAGUGAACAGGUGACGGGAUACAUACGCACAGACAAACGGGGUCCGACGAGUUCUUCAAUCUCACCGUCGUUCAAGAGACCGCUAGCUUUUCCAGCAGAGAUAAAAUCCAGGACAUCGGCUCUAGAGGAUUUGCAACCAGAUUGGAGUUUCCUCGCUGAUUUCAAAGGAUUUGAGUAGCCGAGAGUGAGAGAUUCAACAUGCCAAGGUCUUUUUUGGUAAAGAGUAAAAAAGCGCACAGUUACCAUCAGCCCAGAUCCAUAGAAGAUGACUAUACCAACAGACUGGACCAUAUUUUAACUCACAUAUGUACAGAAGGUAGAAUUCCCGAGGAAACGAGCUCUUCGUCGGAGACUCAAGAAUCCGAUUCCAAAGGACGAUUUUCCCCAGAGUCCGGCCUCGUUCAAAGGACAGAGCACUCGUCCAAGUCGCCAGAUAGCUGCGAGGGCAGCGUUUGUGACAGGUCCUCGGACUACGAAGACUACUGGAGACCACCUUCCCCUUCAGCAUCCCCAGAGUCCGAGAAGUCUCUGUCUCCUUCUGUGGAUGAAAGCCAUCCCUUUGCCAUCCCUUACCGACCAUACACAUGGAGCAGUUACCCUGGGUCAGAGCUGAGGCACUUGGUGCAGCCGGGAUUCCACAGAACCCCUUCAGUAGACCGGGGUUUGGCAAUGGGAAUGUACCCCGAAAGGGGACCUGACUCCACCCUGUUUGUCGACAGGGGUUCCUCGAUGGGAUUGUAUAGUGACUACAGCUCUGCAGCCAACCUCUUUGACCACAGCACCUCUGCAGCCCUUUAUACGGAUUCCCAUGGUCACAACAUCCAUGAAAAAGUACCGGAAAUUAAGGAGGAAUCUGAGCUUCUCUGCACACGCCUGCUAUUCAAUAAUGGCUCAUAUAAGUGUAUUAAGUGCAGCAAGGUAUUUUCAACACCUCAUGGGUUAGAGGUACAUGUGAGAAGAUCCCACAGUGGCACAAGACCAUUUGCCUGUGACAUCUGUGGGAAGACCUUUGGCCAUGCAGUGAGUCUGGAGCAGCACAAAGCAGUCCAUUCUCAGGAGAGAAGCUUUGAUUGCAAAAUAUGCAGUAAAAGUUUUAAACGUUCCUCCACCUUGUCCACCCAUUUAUUAAUUCACUCUGAUACUCGCCCCUAUCCGUGCCAGUACUGUGGAAAACGUUUUCAUCAGAAGUCAGACAUGAAGAAGCACACUUUCAUCCAUACAGGUGAGAAACCUCACAAGUGUCAGGUGUGUGGGAAAGCCUUCAGCCAAAGUUCAAAUCUCAUCACCCACAGCCGUAAACAUACAGGAUUUAAGCCUUUUGGGUGUGACCUCUGUGGAAAAGGCUUCCAACGAAAAGUGGACUUGAGAAGGCACAAGGAAACGCAACAUGGCCUAAAAUAAUAGGGUGGGCACUGUUACCUGAAGACAGUUUACACCAUGACAAAAUGGGACAGUCCUUGGUACAAACACUAAGAGGAUUAUUGUGCUGUCGCUCAAAACCAUCGUCUCCUCCUGAAGUGAUGCACAUUGGUCACCAAUGCAUGAUGCUCCUUGGACAAAUGGAAUCCUCGUUGACCGAAGAGUGUAUUGCCGUAUUGAAUGCACUACAUACAGCUCAAAUUGUGCUCAGAAAUGAGAUUAUUUUUGUAAAUAUGAAGUUAAUAAAUGACAGUUGUUUAAUAGCAUCAGCAAGAAAGUCAGAACCAGAUAUAUUUAAAGCAAAAUAUUUUUGCACAAUAAUUUACCUACAAGAAAUAGCUAAUAUUAUUUGGGAUGGUGGUAAAUUUUUCUUGCUAAUUUAAAAUUAAAAGCUAAAGACAAAUUUUCCACAAAAAGCUGCAAGUUACUUUAAAAAUGCUACAUACACAGUUAACUUUUGAAAUAGAUUUUUUCAUUAUAAAAUACAUAAAAAAAUUUA